UUACUGUUUUACAACAAAACUCGACACAAUGUUUUUAUUCUUGAAGUGAUCUUUUUACUGUGUUGAUGAGAUUAACUGUGUUUGACUAGACUGCUGUCUUGAACUUAAAAGCAUUGUGUGUGCUGCAAGAUGCUAGCCUACUUGCAAUUUUCUAGCUCCUCCUUAGAGGUUCUUUACAUACACAUAAACACACAUGCAACAGCUCUGCACACCAUAACAGCAAACAGGCAAAAGCAUCUCAUCUGAUUCCAGCUGAAAUCCACAAACUUUGCUUAAAUGACCAGCCAGGUGAUCUCAACUGACAACGCUACAGUUCUUAUCCAAAUAAAUCCACAGAUAGGUCGAGGCAAUGCUGAAGAAGAAGAUGAGAAAGCAACUAAUCACAAUACGCUGCUUAAGGGGUUUCUUAAAAUACAACCAAAGACAUUGGGGACUGUCCAGAUAAUGAUUGGUGUGGUGUUUUUCUUAUUUGGUUUUGGGCUCACUACCGAUAAUCAAAUGAAUUUCAGAUUUUUUCACAUAAUUUUCAAUAGUGGCAUAACCCGCUGGGGAUCCCUCAUUUACAUCACUGCUGGUUCUCUGUCUGUUGGUGCGGAAAAUAAACUCCAUCCCUGUUUGGUGAAAGCUUCUCUUGGAAUGAACAUUUUCAGUGCCGUUACUGCAGGGAUAGCCAUUUUUAUGAUGUCUGUACAUUUAGCACAUUCCCCUCCCUGUCUAUUUGAUUGUCCCUUGCAAGAAAUGAAGUGGACCAAUGGAACAGUAGUGGUGUUCUCCAUCCUCCAGUUAAUCAUCUCUAUCUGCAUCUCGGCUUUCGCCUGCAAAACCACCUGCUGCACAAACCAAACAGUGGUCAAUGUUUCAUUAAACCAGUCCCUCCUUCAGAAAUCCGUAACGAGUUCUGAUUGUGUAGCUGAUCCAGUGUGUUAUGAUUCGACAGCAGUUUAGCUUUGCUGGAGACUGCCAUAUUGCUGUGGGUGGAGAACAUCUUAAUUUACGAGACUCCAUCAACUCAACAUCUGAGUCCUCGGUGGGAAAGAAGACCAACAAAAAGAAGCCCAGCAGCAAAAACAACAAAAAAUGUGCAACUUUAUUUUCAUUACUUUUUUAUUAGAAAUGGAAAGUUUAUAAGUUUUGACCUAAAUGAAUUGUUGUAAAUAUGAUUUAAAUCAGCUGUUUUUAAAAAUAAAGCUCACAGAGUCAAGAUUCUGUAUAUUUAUUGUAUUUACCCUACUUAUAACAGGGAGGUAACAAUUGGGAAAUCUGACUCACUUAACAAGCCCCGAAUACUACUGAAUGAAGCCUUUAAAUAGGCUUAGGCCCUCCAGGUCUAAAAAAAGGAAAAACAUAGAGGUAACAGAAAAUGAACAAAGUCGAAAGCAUUGCAAAUGAAAAAAAAAGAUAAACUGUUAUAGACAAAAUGACGAAAGUCAAUGUAACUCAACAAGCUUAGGUGUAUUUGUAACCUGUUUUUAUAAGAUUAAGCCAUGAUAAAUUAAAGGCUUUUUAAGUUUUCUUCACCAUUGGAAGUGUCUUUCUUUAU